AUGGUUGACGCUAUUGAUGUAUCGGGUCUUCCAUCUAAUGUGCGCGAACGCCUUGCUGAGCUUGAUUUAGAAUUAUCAGAAGGCGACAUCACUCAAAAAGGAUAUGAUAAAAAAAGACACGUAUUAUUGGGACCCUAUUUACGAAUAAAAAGAGAUGGUAACAAAGCCACUUCAAGUCCAAGCACAAGAGCGCAAAGGAAACACCAGCGGCGCCUUACACGUGAUGAAUCGCGUUUUCAUUCUGAAAUACAUGCUGAAGCAGUGCAACAAGCAUUGGCUGAAUAUUCUGCAGGGAAAAAGGAAAAGCCGAACAUUCUGCCACCCGUAAAACGACGUGGUACUGAGACAAAACGAGAAAUAAAUCGAGCGUCUGAUAGCAGUUCCGAGGAUGAUAGCAUGUUUGGUAGUACUGAUCGCAGCAAGGGUACAUCGUCAACGUUGUCGUUAAAUGAACAGCGGAAGAAAAGUUUAACCAAUGGCUCCGAAAAAUCAGAUGCUUCAUCUUUUACUCCACCUCCUGAUAUUACAACCGCUGUGGCAAAUGGAGUUGCAGUGCGAAAAACAUUCCAAGACCGAAGAAAACAAAAUACAAAUGAUAAUGACUGGCGGGACGGAAAGGUUAUAAAAGAAAAUGAGCGGAAUGCCAUGAAGAAAGUAACGGAUACAGAGGAAGCUGUAUUGAAAACUAAUGUCAUUUACGCAAAUGAUGUUGCAGAAAGUGAUACAGCUAUAACAAAUAUAGCUAAUCAAGAUUAUCAGAAUGCAGUUGUGCGUAAGUUAAUUUGA